GUUAUGAUUUCGAGAAGACGAAGUUUUUCUUGUUUGAAUACUAAUGCACAAAGGCUAACAAAAAUAAUAAAAGAUUUUCUUCCUAAUUUGAAUGAAAUUACGCAUAAAGGUCAAAAUGGAAAAAUUGGAAUUAUCGGUGGAUCUGUCGAAUACACUGGUGCUCCAUACUUUGCAGGAAUGAGUGCUCUUAGAGUUGGUGCUGACUUAGUCCAUAUAUUUUGUUGUAAAGAAGCAAGUAUUCCAAUAAAAUCAUACAGUCCUGAACUUAUUGUUCAUCCGCAUUUAAAUAAUGGAUUGAGUCAAAUUGUAUCUAGGCUUAAAGAUUUGCAUGUAAUCUUAAUUGGUCCAGGUUUAGGAAGAGAUACAAAUAUUUUUCAAACAGUUUCAAAAUUGAUCGAAGAAUGUCGAGCAUUAUCAAAACCAUUGGUGAUCGACGCAGAUGGGUUAUUUUUGGUUUCUCAGAAAACAGAAUUGAUUAGAAAUUAUCCUGGUCUUAUACUUACGCCAAAUUAUAAUGAAUUUGCCCGAUUAGUUAAAGCAUUUUUAAAUAAAACAAUUGAUUUGAAGUCAGGCAUCGAAGAAUCUUUAGUGAAGGAACUAGCUGAGUCAAUUGGUGAAGACGUUCUGGUCGUAUGCAAGGGCAGUGUCGAUGUGAUUAGCUGUGGUACUAAGGAUGUCAAGACAAUACACUGUGAGAUGCCGGGUUCGGGUCGUCGAUGCGGUGGCCAGGGUGACCUCUUGGCCGGAUCGCUGGCGGUGCUCUCUUAUUGGGCGACCAGCAAUGUCACUGAUUAUCAUAUAUCAUUGAUGGCUGCCUGUUACGCAGCCUGCAGUCUUGUCAGGCAGUGCAAUGCCGUUUCCUAUAGCAAAAAAGGUAGAGGGGCACUUACCACUGAUUUGCUAGAUGAGAUCACGUUAACCUUUGAAAAGCUUUACGGAGACUCUUCAAAUAUAUGGGUAUGAUUA